AUGGUUCUAACAAAGGGAAACAACACAAUUUGGAUGAUAGGUGGAAUAACAGCACUAUUCCUUGGAUACCAGAUGUAUAACCCGAACAGCUAUUGGAACUCAAAGACAGCUGUCAGGGUGAUAAAGAAAGGAGUUGCUGCUGAAGUUAAAGACCAAAUGCCCCGUGCUUCAGAAAAAGCUCAGGAGCUGAAAAAAGAAGUCAAAGAGGAUAUUAAAAGUCAUAUUCCUCCCAAAUAG